GGCGCGGACGCGAAGCCGCCGGGCUGCUGCGCCCAGAGCCAGCCGGAGCCGGAGCCCGAACCGCAGCGCCAGCCCCAGCCGUGUCGAGCCGCAGCCCGGGCCGGGGCCGGCGGCGGCUCAUGGACAGCAGGGCCGGCGGCCGGUGCUGCCCCGAGGCGGUUCUCCUGAUUCUGGAGCCUGCCAGGAUGGGGCCCCUGAGGCCCAACUCGGGCCCUGGGGGGCAACAGUUGUUGCUGCCCCUCUUGCUGCUGGCAUUGCUACUCCUGUCAGCUCCAUCUGCAGGCCAUGCCACUCGGGUGGUGUACAAGGUGCCAGAGGAACAGCCACCUAACACUCUCAUUGGAAGCCUCGCAGCUGACUAUGGCUUUCCAGAUGUGGGCCAUCUGUACAAACUAGAGGUAGGUGCUCCAUACCUUCGAGUUGAUGGCAAGACGGGUGACAUCUUCACCACAGAGACCUCCAUUGACCGUGAGGGGCUUCGUGAAUGCCAGAACCAGCUCCCUGGUGAACCCUGCAUCCUGGAAUUUGAGGUGUCUAUCACAGACCUUGUGCAGAAUGGCAGCCCCCGGCUGCUGGAGGGCCAGAUAGAGGUGCAAGACAUCAACGAUAACACUCCGAACUUCGCCUCACCUGUCAUCACUCUGGCCAUCCCUGAGAACACCAACAUUGGCUCCCUCUUCCCCAUCCCACUGGCUUCAGAUCGUGAUGCUGGCCCCAAUGGUGUGGCUUCCUAUGAGUUACAGGCUGGGCCUGAGGCCCAGGAGCUAUUUGGGCUGCAGGUGGCUGAGGACCAGGAGGAGAAGCAGCCACAGCUCAUUGUGAUGGGGAACCUGGAUCGUGAGCGUUGGGACUCCUACGAUCUCACCAUCAAGGUGCAGGAUGGAGGCAGCCCCCCACGUGCCAGCAGUGCCCUGCUGCGUGUCACUGUGCUUGAUACCAACGACAACGCUCCCAAGUUCGAGCGGCCCUCCUAUGAGGCUGAGCUGUCUGAGAAUAGCCCCAUCGGCCACUCGGUCAUCCAGGUGAAGGCCAAUGACUCAGACCAAGGUGCCAAUGCAGAAAUUGACUACACGUUCCACCAGGCGCCUGAAGUUGUGAGGCGUCUCCUGAGACUAGACAGAAACACUGGACUCAUCACUGUUCAGGGUCCUGUGGACCGUGAAGACCUUAGUACCCUGCGCUUCUCAGUGCUUGCCAAGGACCGAGGCGCCAACCCCAAGAGUGCUCGGGCCCAGGUGGUAGUGACUGUGAAAGACAUGAAUGACAAUGCCCCCACCAUUGAGAUCCGAGGCAUAGGGCUGGUGACCCAUCAAGAUGGUAUGGCUAACAUCUCAGAGGACGUGGCAGAGGAGACAGCUGUGGCUCUGGUGCAGGUAUCUGAUCGAGAUGAGGGAGAGAACGCAGCUGUCACCUGUGUGGUAGCAGGUGAUGUGCCUUUCCAGCUCCGGCAGGCCAGUGAGACGGGCAGUGACAGCAAGAAGAAGUACUUCCUGCAGACUACUACCCCACUGGACUAUGAGAAGGUCAGAGACUACACCAUUGAGAUUGUGGCUGUGGACUCUGGUAACCCCCCACUCUCCAGCACCAAUUCCCUUAAGGUGCAGGUAGUCGAUGUCAAUGACAAUGCUCCUGUCUUCACCCAGAGUGUGACUGAAGUUGCUUUCCCAGAAAACAACAAGCCUGGUGAAGUGGUGGCCGAGGUCACUGCCAGUGAUGCUGACUCGGGUUCUAAUGCAGAGCUGGUUUACUCUCUGGAGCCUGAGCCGGCUGCCCAGGGUCUGUUUACCAUUUCACCUGAGAAUGGAGAGAUCAGGGUGAAGACAUCCCUUGAUCGAGAACAGAGAGACAGCUAUGAGCUAAAGGUGGUAGCAGCUGACCGGGGCAGCCCCAGUCUCCAGGGCACAGCCACUGUCCUUGUCAAUGUGCUGGACUGCAAUGACAAUGACCCCAAAUUUAUGCUGAGUGGCUACAAUUUCUCAGUGAUGGAGAACAUGCCGGCACUGAGUCCAGUGGGCAUGGUGACUGUCAUUGACGGGGACAAGGGGGAAAAUGCUCGUGUACAGCUCUCAGUGGAACAGGACAAUGGUGACUUUGUGAUCCAGAAUGGCACAGGCACUAUCUUGUCCAGCCUGAGCUUUGAUCGAGAGCAACAGAGCACCUACACCUUCCAGCUGAAGGCAGUGGAUGGUGGUGUUCCACCUCGCUCAGCUUACGUUGGAGUCACCAUCAAUGUGCUCGAUGAGAAUGACAACGCCCCCUUUAUCACGGCCCCCUCCAACACUUCUCACCGGCUGCUGACCCCACAGACCCGUCUUGGUGAGACAGUCAGCCAAGUGACAGCUGAGGACAUGGACUCUGGUGUCAAUGCUGAGCUAACGUACAGCAUCGCUGGCGGCAACCCUUAUGGACUCUUCCAGAUUGGGCCACACUCAGGUGCCAUCACCCUAGAGAAAGAGAUUGAGCGGCGCCACCAUGGGCUACACCGUCUUGUGGUGAAGGUCAGUGACCGAGGCAAGCCCCCACGCUAUGGCACAGCUCUGGUUCACCUUUAUGUCAAUGAGACCCUAGCCAACCGCACACUAUUGGAGACCCUACUUGGCCAUAGCAUGGACACGCCACUGGAUAUUGACAUUGCUGGAGAUCCAGAGUAUGAGCGCUCCAAGCAGCGUGGCAACAUCCUCUUUGGUGUCGUGGCAGGUGUUGUGGCUGUGGCUUUGCUCAUCGCCUUGGCAGUGCUUGUGCGCUACUGCCGGCAGCGGGAGGCCAAGAGUGGCUACCAGGCUGGUAAGAAGGAAACCAAGGACCUGUAUGCCCCCAAGCCCAGUGGCAAAGCCUCAAAAGGAAACAAAAGCAAAGGCAAGAAGAGCAAGUCCCCAAAGCCUGUGAAACCAGUGGAGGAUGAAGAUGAAGCUGGGCUGCAGAAGUCUCUCAAGUUCAACCUGAUGAGCGAUGCCCCAGGGGACAGUCCUCGCAUCCACCUACCCCUCAACUACCCACCAGGCAGCCCUGACCUGGGCCGCCACUAUCGUUCUAACUCCCCACUGCCUUCCAUCCAGCUGCAGCCCCAGUCACCCUCGGCCUCCAAGAAGCACCAGGUGGUGCAGGACCUGCCGCCUGCAAACACAUUUGUGGGCACUGGGGACACCACAUCCACAGGCUCUGAGCAGUACUCCGACUACAGCUACCGUACCAACCCCCCCAAAUACCCCAGCAAGCAGUUACCUCACCGCCGUGUCACCUUCUCAGCCACCAGCCAGGCCCAGGAGCUGCAAGACCCAUCCCAGCACAGUUACUAUGACAGUGGUCUGGAGGAGUCUGAGACACCAUCCAGCAAGUCAUCCUCAGGGCCCCGACUUGGUCCCCUGGCCCUACCUGAGGAUCACUAUGAACGCACUACCCCCGAUGGCAGCAUAGGCGAGAUGGAGCACCCGGAGAACGACCUGCGCCCUUUGCCUGAUGUUGCCAUGACGGGCACGUGUACCCGGGAGUGCAGUGAGUUUGGCCACUCUGACACAUGCUGGAUGCCUGGCCAGUCAUCUCCCAGCCGCCGGACCAAGAGCAGCGCCCUCAAACUCUCCACCUUCGUGCCUUACCAGGACCGAGGAGGGCAGGAGCCUGCGGGCGCCGGCAGCCCGAGCCCCCCGGAAGACCGGAACACCAAAACGGCCCCCGUGCGCCUCCUGCCCUCCUACAGUGCCUUCUCCCACAGUAGCCAUGACUCCUGCAAGGACUCGGCCACCUUGGAGGAAAUCCCCCUGACCCAGACCUCGGACUUCCCACCCGCAGCCACACCGGCAUCUGCCCAGACGGCCAAGCGCGAGAUCUACCUGUGAGCUCCCUUUUGGCCGGCGGCCACCCCUCCCCAAGCCGCCGGCCAGCUCCCAGCUGGGCCCAUUCCAGGGCCCCCACCCUCCAACCCCUCCAGCAUGGACUACGUGGCCAGGGCCCCAAGUUGGGGGAAUACUGGCCUCCUGCCCACGCUGGCCCCUCCCUCACGCAGGGUCCAGGUCCUCUCCUGCCAUUCCACCUCCCAGCUCCCAGGAGCCCCUUCUUCCCCUUUAUGGGGCUCCUCCCAGCUGAUGCCCAAGAGGGCUUCUCUGCAAUGACUGGGCUCCCCUCCAUCGACUUCCAGGGAGCACCCCCUCACGUUGGGCAAAUGGUGGAAUUAAGGGUGAGCAGCACACUUCAACCGAUGUUUCCCACAUGGCCGACCAGGGUGGGGAUAACAGGCCCCAUUUCAGUCCUGAAUGAACCAAGGCUGAACUGGGGAGCCCCUCUCCUUGGAAACUCCCAGAGGAAACUCUUGACCACCAGGGGAGCCCUGAAGGGCUUUUGUUACCAAAGGUGGGAUGGGGAUGGGGGUGAGAACACGAUGGAGGCUUUGUCUUCCAGUACUGCUUCUGGGCUGGCCCGCCUGCCUGCCACAUGCCCAAGCCUGGUCCCAUCUAGGCACUCCCCUUCCCUUCUGGUCAUGCAGUGUCUGUAUAUAAGGACCUUGGAAUGAUGUCCCCAUUUCUGCCUGAUUUGCAACUUUACUUGUUGAUGUUGUGUUGUCUUGGGGGACCCCUCUGGGGGGGGGGAACCUGCCCUGUGUCCCCUACUCCCUGCCCCAGUGAUGCUCCCACCCCAGGCCUCUAUUGUUCCAUGUUGUAAAUACCCCUGGGGUUGUGGUGGGAUGGGGGUGCAGGCCAGGGAAACAACGGGGGUGGGGGUGGGGGUGGGGGUAACAUUUGCCUAUCAGCAGAGCUGGGCUUUUAUUUAAUUUUUUUUUUAAGAAUACAAAUCUCUAUUUUUUUGGAACUGUUGCGCUGUGCCCUGGGGUGGGGGGGAUCUCCACUCAGGCUGGCCUCCCACACCCACAUGAGCAUCACAAGAAGGGCCCUGAAGCUGUGGGGGGCAGCUGGACAGGGGUGGGAUGACUGUGCCUCUGGCCUGGUUGGGUGAGUUGGGAGCAGGAAGGUUUGCUCAGGGGGUGGCUGGUUGCUGCCUCCAAUAUGGAGGGCCUGCCCCCUGCCCCCUCUCUGCCCCCAGCCCCUGCCAUGACUGACCCUUCAGCCUGUAAAACCACCAUUGCCUUGAUCUCAGGGGGUGGGAAGGGCUGCCUCAGGGCACCCUGGGCUCCAGGCCCCCUUCUUCCAGUUGGGCUUCCCUAUGCCAAGGCCAGGGUCCCAUGGGGGAGGGGGUGGGGAGAUUGGGGGGCAGAGAAGCCCUGUCAGCCAUGAUGAGGUGAAGGUCUCUGCUUCACCUCAGGGGGCCAGGGUGUGAGGGGCGUCCUGAAGAGCCCCCAUUUCCCACUGUGGCCAUCUUAAAGCCUCAGCCCCUCUUCCUUCCAGAAACCCCCACUGCCUUGGCCCAUACCUCUCCAGCUCUCCAGGGGCCCAGGCUGGGAGGCUGGAGACUCAGGGUAUGGCCUUUGCUUGACUUAGUCUAAGCUGGGAGGGGGGGGGGGAAGGGAUGGCCCAAGUGUGGGAGGAUGGGUGCAGGCUGCUGGGUUCUCUGGUGCCUUUGGGAGCUGUGUGCUGGGGUCUUGACUCCUGUAACCCCAGAGACCCCACUCCCACCCCAGAAAAGCCAGGGGGCUGUAGACUUACCCUAUUCUCUGACCCUUUACCCCUAAUUUGGUUUGGGGUAACAGUGCUGGGAAGGAGAGCAUCAUGAGGCUGUUAGCUCCAGCAUCCACAGUCCUUCUCUGGAGGGCAAUGGGUAGAAUGGGCUGGGGAGGCAGCAGCCAGGUCUAGGGGUUGGCCAAAGGCUCCUUUCCCUGGGGCAGGCCCAGAAGGUGGGCCAGUGGCUUGUUAAAGAGACAGCCUCUUACCCCUGCACAAACGGGGCAGGUGCAAUAGCAGUGGAAUUGGUAGAAUGAGGUGCCCAGCUGGGGAGGCAGUGUCCUCUAGAGCUGUCCUGAGUCUCCGAGGUCAGGAUUGGGACAAAAAGAUUGUAUGAGGCCCAUUUGCUUGAUGGAGAGGUUGGCCCAGGCAAGAGGCGUUCCUAGGGCCAGUGGACUCCCCUGGAAGCCUCUGAUCACCUGGGUGCCCUGCCUUGGCCUUGGAGACUCUUAAGCACUGAGUGGAAGGGCAGAGGAGCAUUUGCACAAUGGAGAAGCCAGAAGGAAGGGGAUAGUCCAGGUGGCUGGGAGGACUGAGAAGCACAGAGCAGAAGUCCUUCCACCAACCAAGGCAGAGACCCAGCCGGCCCCCUGGUUGGGGUCAGGGCACUGUGUCUGUCACCACCUGGGCACUCAAGAGGUGAAACCAAAGGUGGGCAGGGGAUGGGUGACAGCACUGGGGACUACUCCUGUUGGUCCUAGGUCUGUGAAACCUCUCCCAAUGCCUUGUGUCGUGUACAGUUUUAUGUACCAAUAGGCGACAUUUGGCCAGAGGAGACCCCCUAAACCCAGCCUGACCCAGUCAGUGUCUUCCUAGAGGGGACCUACUUGGUCCCCAUUCCCCUACUGCAGAGCAUGUCUCUUGGUAGGGGGAGGGUAUAUGGGGACAUAGUUCUCUCGUAGGGUCCUUGAAGCAUCUCUUCACAAGGAGGGGGGUGUCUCUAGGCACCCCUGACCUGGGGGCUUCCUAGCCCCUAUGCCUCCCUUUGGGAGUCCGUGGGGAACAUGUUUUCCCACUGGGGACCAUGGAAGCAUGUCUCCCCCUCCCUACCCAGGCUCUUUGGGGAGCCUGUUUUCCUCCCAGGGUACCUGGGAGUACUUAAGACAAGUCAGUCUUGGGCCAUCUCCCUUUCCAGGGAAGGGAGCAAUCUCUGAAGUACCUGGGAAGGGAUGCUUAUAGCCCUCCCCCUUUCUCUCCUAUGGGGGUGUCUCUGCUCGGCAGCACUUUGGAUGGGGUUGGGCAUCUCUGAGUUGUCUUCUCUCCAGGGGGCUCUGGGAUACCUCUUCUCCUGAGGGCAGGGCCUCUGGAGCCAUUUCUUCCCUGGAUGCGGGCUGUCUCCGGGUGUUGGGAGGGCUUGUGUUGGCCAUGAGAGUCUCUUAGGAGGCGUCUCCACUCGGGACUUCUCUGGGAGUGGGGAUUGUAUCUCGCCCAUGGGGUUCCAGGGCGGGUGUGCCUGCCCAUGGGGACGAGGAGACUGUGUCUCCUCGGGUUAUCUGAGUGGGGAGGGGGGCCGUGUCUCUCUCGUGUGUCGGGGGGGGAGGGUUGGGGAGGGGGGGCUGGGUGCGUGGGGUGCCCAUUUUUGGGGUCGUGUUUCUCUUGGUUCUCGCCACUUCCCACCGCCUCGCUCCUCCCGGGAAGGGCCCCCGCCCCGCCCCCACUCCAUCCCCAUCCCUGGCGCUGCGAGCACAAUCCCGUUGAUUUGUAAUGAUUUCUGUCUCUUUCUGUCUUUCUUUCCCUGACCUCCCCACCUCCCCGCCGCGAGCAUGCGCAGGCACCGCCCCCACUCCCUCCGGUUCGGUUCGUUUCCGGUUUGUUUGCUGAGCUGUCAAUGAAAGACCCUGUAAUUAUCCCCGAGCUUUACAAUAAAAGUGUGAAA